AUGAAUUUGAUAAAUAUUGCGAAACAUCUUCUCCAUUUAACACAAUUGGAAUUUUGCUCUGAAGACUCACCAACAAGUGCUGAUGAAAUUUUUGCUUCACAACAAUUAUUCGAAAUUUUAAAGACAUUUAAAGAUGAUUACUUUCAUGAAUUAUAUACUUAUCAAAGUCUCGAUUUUCAUGAUGAAUAUGAUGAAAUUACGGAUGAAGAAGAAAGUACUGAUGAAGAAGAAUCAACUGAUGAAGAAAAUAUUGGUGACUAUGAUGAAAAUGAAUCAUUGGAGAUUCAGACUAAUUUUACAUUAGAAGAGAUGGAAAAGAUAGUGGAAUGGGUUGAUGAACAUCCAAAUUAUAAAUUUGCAUCUAUUAAGAAUAGAUUUCGAAAAGUCAAACAUAUGUAUUAUAUUGCAAGAUUUAGAGAAUAUAUUAAAAAGAACGGCACAAGAUUAGAAAAAGUAAAAAACAUCAAAGAAUUUAUGUGGAAUCAAUUUUAUGUGAAAAGAGCAAUUGAAAAAGAAGCAAUUCAUGAUAUUGAUUUAGAUCUUUUUGCAAUCCAAAAAGCAAGAGAACUAAAUUGGAAAAAUUUCAAAGCAAGUAACAUAUUUAUCAAGGACUUCAAGAAAGAACAUCGAAUAUCAUCAAGAAGAUGCAACAAACUUAUUACUCGAGUUUCUUCAACCAGAAAAAAAUGCGGUUUGAAAGGUAUAUAUGUUCUUAUUUGAGAUCUAAUCUGUUUAUAUUAAUGCGAUAUAUAUGUGUAUUUUAGAUGCUUACGAUUGGAUUGAAAAUCAAAGAUUUUUAAAUUCUAAUUAUUCUUCUCAUCAAAUUUAAAACAGUGACCAUUGUUCAUUUCAACAAGAAUAUGUUUCUCCUAGAA